AGGGUGAGUGAGAUUGUGAGAGGGAGAGAGAGUGCGGAUGUAGGAGGUGGUUCUGCACAGUGCUUUUCAGUCCUGCCUCAUUUGGCUCCUCCGACUGCAGACUAUCUGCCAUUCCAAAAUUUUAUAAACCGUUAGAACAUUUAUAGCCAGAACUGAGAUUCUAACUUCCUUCUGUCUUCUGCGAAGAGUAACAUCACCUUGACUGGAGCUGGCACGGACACAAUCCAAGCUGUGGGGUUGUCUCCAUCUCUCUUGAAGAGCACAGAAUGAGUGUGGAGAGGCUCAGCAGGUCUCUUUGGGGUGCGUGGGAUGGCGCAAAUGCAACAUGGCCGCUUCCUGAACAAGCUAUACUCCAGCCUUUCUGGGACUACCUGCGUCAGAGCCAUGCCAGCACUAUCCGCUCUCCACUUUUCCCUGUCUUUCUCUCUGUCUCCACCUACCUGAUCCUUGUCCUUCUCUACACCACUCUGGACCUUCUGGCACCAACGUGGCCAAGUAUUCGCCGCUACCAGCUGCACCCGGAACGCACAGUCACAUGGUCCAACGUGGGCAACACACUAGCGCUCACCACCUACAACCAUCUGCUUUACAUCUUCCCUGCAGCCGUGGCACAAUGGCUGUGGCGUCCACCAGUGCCACUUCCACACCAUGCACCUUCACUCACUUCCUUUUUGCUUGGUAUUGCAGGUUGCACAGUGCUUUUUGAUUUCCAGUACUUUGUUUGGCAUCUACUGCACCACCGCAUCGCUUGGCUAUAUGCCACCUUUCAUGCUGUGCAUCAUCAGUACCGGCAGACAUUCAGCCUGGUCACCCAGUACCUGUCAGCAUGGGAGCUUAUCAGUGUGGGCCUGUGGACUACUGUGGACCCGCUACUUCUAAACUGCCACUCUCUUACUACCUGGGCAUUUAUGGUCUUCAAUGUGUGGGUUUCAGCUGAGGACCACUGUGGCUAUGACUUCCCCUGGGCCAUGCAUCGGCUUGUGCCAUUUGGCUUGUGGGGUGGUGCACCACGCCAUGAUGUGCAUCACAUGCAGCCUGGAACCAAUUUUGCUCCCUUUUUCACACACUGGGAUUGGUUGGCAGGCACUUCUAGCACACCUGUCAAAUUUUGCAACAGCAAUGAUCACAACAGCCUGAAAGAGAAUGGACUGGGAUCAGACAAAGGGAUCUGAGAGACUUAUUCACUGGAUACCUACAAUUUUUAUUCAUUUGCCUUCCAAAUUUUCUGUUCUUUCAUCUUCCUCCUCAUCCUCAAUCAUUUAGGUUAUUUUAAAUGUCUGUUAAAUGUAAGUAAAAGAGGAUAGCGUUAAUAUAAAUUGAACAAUGAAUGAUCCAAGUAAACAGACAGACAGUAUCCUUUCUCUUUCACACUCUUUCUCCUGCUUCAUCUCACUGGCAUCUCUUUACAGCAGCUCCCUCUAUAUCCUUCACAUCCUUACCCAUACAGGGUAUUUUGAACGUUCAAUCAGUUAAGGUAACUGAGCUUAUGUGUUAAUCUUCAAGCAAUACAAUUUCAACAAUCAAUUCAUAUAAUCUCUAAGUUCUGGGUGAUGGAUUUUUGAAUAACGUAAGUUGUAUGUAAAUCCAGUGAAAUCAAUUAUUACAAUCGAUAGAAAUUUUGCUUUAUGGUGGUGUUUAUUAUAGUGCAAACUGCCACUAACUUUACACUUAUAAUAACCUAAACUAAAGUCUUUAUAAGCAUCCUCUUCUCUAUUUAUUUCAUUUAUCAGGAAUAUGAAUUUGGCUUUCUAAUUUUUCACUAGUUUAUUAUGGUGUUAUUUUCUUUUAUACCACAGUACAACUGAAUUCUGAAAUCUGAUUGAUAAAGUUGUUGACUAAUGUUCUAUAACAGCACAGCUCUAAAAAAAAAGCCAAUUCACAGAUUUCUAUAUAUAUAUAUGCUCAUUCUAAUAUAUAGUUGCUUCUACACUAACAAUAAUAUUGUAGAGCCUAAUAAUUAACAUAUUAAUAAAAUAUAUUGCUAUUUAGGUAUGAAGCUGCAACUUUUUUUUGCAAUAUGAAAAUCUUCAAUUCAGACACUUUUUUGUCUUAUUAACUUCAAUAGAUAGAAUUAGACAUACACAUAGAAGACUCACACACACACACACACACACACACACACACACACACACACACACACACACACACACACACACACACACACA